AUGGUCAACAUCGUACAUAGUUGUUGGCAACUCUUCUACGGCACCCUACUUGAGUAUGAAACGCACAAGGUGGUGCAGAUUCACUCAAAAAAGGUCGGUGCUUCCUUCCGCGUGAUCCAACUAUUUUUUGUGCUAUACGUCAUUCUCUGGGUGAUGAUCAAAGAGAAAGGCUACCAAAAGUUUGAUCAAGCCCAGAGCGGAGUCACAGCCAAGCUGAAAGGCAUCGCAUUCGCCAACAUUACCAACAACCAAAAUAUAGGCGCCUCCGUCUGGGAUGCAGCAGAUUAUGUGGUACCACCACAACAGAACUCCGCCUUCUUCGUGAUGACAAAUCUGAUUGUGACUCCUGGUCAGACCUUGGCCACAUGUGAGGAGUCGCAUGACGUGCAUGGUAACAGUUGCCGACGCGACAAAGACUGUAGCCCAGGCACCCUGGUACUGACAGGCGGCGGAGUCCGCACAGGCCGCUGCGUCAAGUCGACAAGGCAUGAGAGCCUCUUUGUCUGUGAAAUAUAUGGCUGGUGUCCCACUGAGCAUGACAUUAUGCCUAAGGAGAACAUCUUGUCCUCAGCGCCAAACUUCACGGUUAUCCUCAAAAAUAGCAUUGAAUUUCCGCUUUAUCGAGUAAAACGUCGCAACAUUCUGCCUUGGAUGGACAAGACAUAUCUGAAAAUGUGUCGCUAUAAUCCGCUGGAUAGUCGUGAGAAAUUUUGCCCCAUCUUCCGGCUCGAUGAUAUUAUGCGAUACACGGAGGCGGACAACCGAGGCAUCUGGAAAUACGGUGGAAUGAUCUCGAUCCAAAUCGAGUGGAACUGCGAUCUGGACUAUAGUGAAGACGAAUGCGUGCCAAAGUACACGUUUCGCCGACUGGAUGAUUUCGACAGUGUAGUCGGCCAAGGCUGGAACUUCCGUUUCAGCCAGCACUACAUUGAGAAUGGAGUGCACAAACGCAAUCUCAUCAAAGCCUUCGGUAUACAGUUUUUCAUUACAGUCUACGGAAAGGGUGGCAAAUUUCACCUGUUAACAUUCAGCAUGAAUCUGGGCUCUGGCUUGGCACUGCUUGGCAUUGCCACGGUCCUUUGCGACAUGAUCAUUUUGAAUGUGACCCGAAAACGCAGCAUCUACCGCACCGCCAAAGUCGACCUGGUGGUCCAGCAGAAGAGGGAGUUUAAGCGAGUCAAUGUGGUGCGCAACGCAGAGAAAAGACAGCUUCAAAUCCCGCGAAAAAGAGACAACACUUCUGAGACAGCGAAUGUAAGAUCAGGCAGUCGUGGAAACGACCUCGGGGGCAACAGGUCGUCGGAGAUGGGCUUGCAGGCCAGUCGAUUGCGGAGACGGGGCAAAAUGCCGUCCCGU